AUGGACAAAAACGGUGGUCUCUCUCGCAGGCAUUCCAGCAGAGCAUCCGAUAACCCGACGCGCUUCCUGGAAGAAACCCUAUGGAUGCUGGGAGGCUGGAUGUGGGGAGCGACAGGAGGUGGAGGGAGGGACACAGAGGUGGAGGGAGGGAUGAGGAGGCGGGGCUCACUGAAGGAUAAUGAGGUGGGGCAGCAUUUGUUCUCCAAGCUGCUACAUCUAAAGGGGUCAACCAUCUAUCUUGGCGAGUGGGUGUUGCUGCGGUGUGCCGUGGAGACAAACUCCACUAAUGUGUUAAGAUACAGCUGGUUAAGGCUUAAAACACAGGCUGCUCAGAUCCCGAACCCUAGACACCUUGUCUCUGGUGACAGCUACUCCAUCACUGUGGUAACGAAGGAGGAUGCGGACAGCUACCAGUGCCAAGUGGAGAGCCGGAGCAGCAACACCACAACAACGGUCCUCAGCGAGCCGGUCACACUCAAUGUGUCAGAGCUACCCCCUCCCUCACUAACUUUGACCCCCAACACCCGACAGAUGUUCAGAGGGGAGCAUUUCACCGUGCAGUGCCCCAAGACUAACUCCUCAGGCUGGAUACUCAAGUACUUACCUCAGGGCCGUAGAGUGAAGACCAAAGACUUCCCAGCUGACAUGUGUUCGCCACGUUGGGGGCCUUCCAUGUGUAUCUUCACUGCUUCCAAUAAAAGCAGUGGACUGUACUGGUGUGUGGGUGCUGAGGGCCGCAGCAACGCAGUCUACAUCAUAGCAAACUAUGGUGCCAUCAUCUUGCAGACUCCUGCCUUCCCUGUGCCAGAGGGUGGUAAUGUGGUCUUAUCCUGUCAGUACUUGAAAGACAACAAAAAUAACAUAACGUUUUUCAAAAACGGUGAAGAAAUUGGCACUUUAAGUUCAAAAGGAGUAACAGAGAUGACUAUUGAGAGUGUGACACAAGCAGACGAGGGUUUCUAUAAAUGUGUCGCCAAGGACACAAAGAUGGAGAGCCCUGAGAGCUGGUUAUCAGUCUCACCUGAUCAAGGUAACUCAACAUCAACACAUGGGACAGCAACAUCCACUCAAGCUGUUUGGCUAGUUUGUCACUACAGGUACCAGAUGUUUUGCACCCGUAGUUGUUGGCCACUUUCCAAAGAGGAUAGCCCAGCAGUGGCGCUUCCUGCCAUCAAGCAGGAUGUGACAGAAGUGCAGUGGGACGUGUCCUGGAUGGAGAUGUCCAAUCUGCUGGAUAAGCAUUUAUAUCCUGGGAAGAAAGAGGGCAUCGCUCCGGCGGAGACCAGGCUACUCCUGAUUGGUGGGAGAUGGGCUGGCAAAAGCUCCACUGGCAAUACUAUACUCACAAAGGAAAGGUUUGAGUGUGGCCGAACACGAACAGCUCAGUGUGAAGUGAGACAUACGGUAGUCGAGGGUCGGAAACUCAUUGUGGUCGAUGCUCCGGGAUGGAAUAGCUCCCUCUCCCUCACAGAGAUCCCAGAGGGGGAAAAACAAAGAUUUAAACUCAAUCCCUCAAAGUGUCCACCUGGACCAAAUGCUUUCCUCCUUAUUAUUCCCAUUGACUCUGCUUUCUCUGUGGAGGGGAGGAGGAUAGUGGAGGAGCACAUGAAGCUGCUGGGGGAACGGGUUUGGAGAUACACCAUGGUGCUGUUCACCUGUGGGGAUUUCCUCGGGGAGAAGACGAUAGAGCAGCACAUCGAGAGGGAGGGAGACUCACUCAAGUGGUUAAUCAAAAGGUGCAACAACCGAUACCACGUGAUCAACAACAAGAAGAUUGACACAUCUCAGGUCACACAGUUACUGGAGAAGAUAGAUGAGAUGACAUGGCACAACAAUGGCGGUUACUACGAGUUAGAUGAACAUACUUUGCAUAUCAUUCAAAAGAAGCAGCAAGAAGUGGCUGAAAGGGCAGAAGAGAGACGGAAGAAGGCCAUGGAACAAAGACAGCAAAUGAAAGCACUCAUUCCAGAAAUGAAACCCAUCCAAAAACUCCAAGUGAUUCUCUUGGGAAGUCGCAGUGUUGGGAAAACCUCCGUGGGGAACACCAUCUUAGGAAUCAAAGAACAAGAGGAUGGAAAAAGAACAGCACACUCAGUGGCCCGGCUAGGUUUUGUGGGUAAAACUGAAAUAACUCUUGUUGACACACCAGGUUGGUGGAAAGGCUUCCCAAUGUCUGACACUCCAGAAAUGAUCAAAGAGGAAGUGAUGCGCAGCAUGUUCCUGUGCCCCCCUGGUCCCCACGUUUUCCUGCUGGUGAUAGAUGCAGAUGCAUCCUUCAACGGCAAACACUUAGAUGCAGUGACAACACACGUAGAUCUUCUCGGAGAAGGAGUGUGGAAGCACACCAUUAUAGUCUUCACCAGAGGAGACUGGCUGGGAGCACACUCCAUAGAGGAGUACAUCGAGGGUGAAGGAGAGGCCUUGCAGUCUCUGGUGGAACGAUGUGGUAACAGAUAUCAUGUCAUUGAUAACAAAAAUACAGAUGAUGGCACUCAGAUCACAGAGCUGCUGGAGAAAAUCACCGGGACCAUAGCUAAAAAUGGUUGGCAGCAUUUUGUUCCAGAUGAGCAGAUCAUUUUGACCAUUGAGGAGAAAAGCAGAAGAGUGGAAGAAGGAGCAAGACUGAGGCAAAGUCAAGUCAAGGCCAAUAGAAAAAGCCUUAAAGGUUCCAGAAAUAAGUUACAAGAGCUGAAAAUUGUGAUGCUUGGUCAAAAGGCAUUUGGAAAGAGUGCUACAGGAAAUAACCUCCUGCGCAAAGAAGUGUUCCCUACCUGUGAGAACAAGCAAUGUCAGGUGGAUAAGGCAGAUGUUGCUGGCAGAAAAGUCACAGUGAUCGACACCCUGGGCUGGUGGGAGAAGCUCUCUCGCUGCACUGAAAAGAUGGACAAAGAAAUUGUCCGAGGUUUCACGUUGAGUCCAUCAGGGGUUCAUGCUGUUCUGCUGGUUGUUCCCUUGGACCUGACAUUCAGAGAAGUUCAGCAGGCUGCCCUGGAGGAACACAUGGACUUCUUUGAUGCCAGUGUCUGGAAACAUACCAUGGUUGUGUUCACCUAUGGAGACAAACUGGCAGAUAGAUCCAUAGAAGAGCACAUUGAGAGGGAGCACAGUGCUCUCCGGUGGUUGGUAGACAAAUGUGACAACAGAUACCAUGUAAUGAACAACAAGAAAAAAGAUGUGAGUCAGGUUACCGAGCUGUUUGAGAAGAUUGAGGAAAUGGUGUCAGGGAACAGCGGCCAGCUCUUCUGCCCUGACAUGAAGGACAUCCACCUGAGAAUUGAGGAAAAGUCCAAGAGGCGGCAGCUCAAAAAUGUACUGAAGCAACGAUUGGGGCAGGAGUACAGGAGGAGAGAGCUGGAGCUGAUGAUGGGCUUCAGGGAAAAACUCCUUGAUCUGCAAGCUGAUGUCCGUGGAACACAAGCAACAAGUGCUUCAAAGUCACUGAUUGGUGCCAAAAUCAAAGCUAAGGCAGUUGGUCAGAAGAGGAAGGAGGAAAUCAUUGAUGCAAAAUUGACUCAGGAAAUUGAAAAGCUGGAUAAGGACAUUAUGAAAUCCUCAGACCUUCUUCGGAACAGCUUGGAAUUCUUGAUCCCCAGCAUCGCAGGGUCUUCAUCAUACAAGAAAAAAUCAACUAAUAACUUUGAUAAAGUUCUGAACUGGCUGUCCACGCUUAAGGUCGGCACAAAUGUCGACAACCAGCUGACCCUCAACUUCUCCCAGUCGUCAGGAUACAGAUCUGUGAUACCACAUGAAGAGCUUGACACUGAUAUUGCUGAAUAA